CAGCCACCAUGUCGGGUUUAACACCACAGAGCAACAAUCUGCAGGGUCUAGAUGAGGGGGAUAUUCUUGACCCACAAUUUCAGCAGCGUUUGGAAGAUGCCCGCACUGUGAUCAGACAUGAGAUUCAGCGGGAGCUGAAAAUCAAGGAAGCGGCUGAAAGGCUGCGGCGGGCUGUCACCAAUCGCAAGAGUGCAGCUGAUGUUGAAGGCCAACUCAAGGCUUCGAGUCGCAAGCUGGACAAAUUGCACUGGGAACUGCAGGAACUUAAUGCCAGGUCUAUGGCCACAGAGCGAGACAGCACCACAGGCUUCUUGGAAGAAGACGACAACCAGUCAACAGAGUCGUGUCAGUGGGAGGAUGUCACAUCACCACUGACCAGUCGAGUUAGAACCCUGCAGAAACAGCUCACCAUGGAGACCAAAGUCAAACAGGGUGCUGAGAACAUGAUCCAGACUUACACCAACGGCUCAGUCAAGGACAGGAAGAUGCUGUCUACUGCCCAGCAGAUGUUACAGGACAGCCGCACAAAGAUUGAGCUGCUGCGCAUGCAAAUUAUCAAAGUCGGUCAAGCCAGAGAGGGGGAACGGGAUAGCAUGUAUGCAGAUGGAGUUUGCUCAGGCUCCAUGGACAGGCAGAGCUAUCAUCAGAGAGGUCAUCCUGUAGAGGUGAUCAGUCCUCUGGAGCUGCGGGUGGCUGAACUCAUGCACCACAUGAAAAUAGAAUCGGCUGUAGCAGACGGAGCUAAAAAUGUGGUGAAACAGUUGAGUGGGCGUAAGAUCCAGGACCGUCGCAUACUUGCAGAGGCUCAGGCACGGAUGCAAGAGUCGUCUCAUAAGGUGGAUUUGUUGCGUCUCUCCCUGGAGAGACGUUUGAGCGAGCUGCCUCAGGACCAUCCCCAGCAUGCUGCCAUUAAAGAUUUACUAGUUCUGGGAACCUCGCCUUCCUAUGGCACGCCAAAGAAGCAGUCUAGCAUUCCAUCCUCAUCCUCCUCUUCCUCCUUCUUCAGACCAGCCUGUCUAACAGGUCGGUUAGAGGUGUGCUUGAUGGGCUGCCAAGACCUGUUGGAGUCUGUUCCGGGCCGUGUACAUUUAACCGGUGGGUCAUCCACCUCCGGAAGCCUUUCAGAUGGAAAGUCUCUCAAGGUGAGAGCUGGCCUAUCAGGACGCAGUGCCAAUGGCAAGACAGCAAAGGCUGAUGACCUGUCAUCGGAAAUAAGUGCUGUGCUGAAGGUGGACAACAGGAUAGUGGGUCGUACACAUUGGAGACAGCUGGGCAAAGAGGCCUGGGGCCAGAGCUUCAGCAUCGAGCUGGAACGGUCCAGGGAGCUGGAAAUUGCUGUGCACUGGAGAGACUGGCGGGCAUUAAGUGGGGUGAAGUUCCUGCGGCUGGAGGACUUCCUAGAUAACCAGCGACGUGGCAUGUGUCUCCAGCUGGAGCCUCAGGGCAUCCUCUUCAUUGAGGUGACAUUUAUUAAUCCAGUCAUUGAGCGGCGCUCCAAACUCCAGAGACAAAGGAGAAUUUUCCCUAAAGAAAAAGGGAAGAACUUCCUGCGUGCUGCACAGAUGAACAUGAACUUUGCUACUUGGGGCCGUUUGAUGAUGAGCAUCCUGCCUCCCUGCAGCUCUCUGGAGCCCAUGAGCCCUCCAUUAGCUGGCCCUAACACCGGCCCCAUAUCCUCCACUACUUCCCUGGCACAAGAUCCUGCCAUAAUGAGUCUAAAUUUUGCCGAAGAGCAACCUGGCAGUUCUCCACGUCACACAAGAAAGAAAACUCAAGACUCUCCUCUGUCUCCCAGGGCAAACAAGAGCCCAAAGCCAAAGCCACAACACUCAAUCCAUCCACCUCCACACAAGGAAAAAGAGCUACAGAUGCAAGACUUCAACUGUAUUUCUGUCCUGGGAAGAGGUCACUUUGGAAAGGUGCUGCUAGCAGAGUAUAAGAAGUCGGGCAAACUGUAUGCCAUCAAAGCCCUGAAGAAAGGAGACAUUGUGACACGUGACGAAGUUGACAGCCUCGUGUGUGAAAAGAGGAUCUUUGAAGUGAUCAAUACUUCAAAACAUCCUUUCCUGGUGAACCUGUAUGGCUGCUUCCAGACCACAGACCACGUGUGCUUUGUGAUGGCUUACUCCCCGGGAGGAGACCUCAUGACACACAUUCACACCAGCAUCUUUACUGAGAAACAGACCCAGUUCUAUUCAUCGUGUGUGCUCCUGGGUCUGGAGUUUCUCCAUCGAAACAAAAUAGUUUACAGAGAUUUGAAGCUAGACAAUCUGCUAAUGGAUGCAGAUGGCUUUGUCAGGAUAGCAGACUUCGGCUUGUGCAAAGAAGGUAUGGGCCACGGGGAUCGCACCUCAACAUUCUGUGGCACACCAGAGUUUCUGGCUCCAGAGGUCCUGACAGACAGCAACUACACUCGCAGUGUGGACUGGUGGGGGCUGGGGGUCCUCAUCUAUGAGAUGCUGGUGGGGGAGUCCCCCUUCCCUGGUGAUGAUGAGGAAGAGGUGUUUGACAGCAUUGUCAACGAUGAAGUGCGUUUUCCUCGCUUCCUUUCUCCUGAGGCGGUGUCCCUCAUUCAAAAGCUACUGCAGAAAAGUCCUGAGAAGAGACUUGGAGCAGGAGUUGAAGAUGCCUUAGAGAUCAAGAGACACAAGUUCUUCCAGGGAAUGGACUGGGACGCUCUCCUGGCUAAGAAGGUGAAGCCACCAUUCCUGCCCGUCAUCAGGGCACCGCAGGAUGUCAGUAACUUCGAUGAGGAGUUCACGCGCCUUAAGCCAGUCCUCACCCUCCCACGAACACCCUUCCUUCUCACCGCUGAGCAACAGGAAAUCUUUGCCGACUUUGACUUUUCCCACCUGAGUUGACCAAAGGGAUUCUCCC